AUGUCAUUCGCCCUUGUUUCCCGGCGCUCGGCCCUCACCUUUGGCCGCCGCGCGGUCCGCUUUGAGUCUACCACCUCCCAGAAGGCUACCGAGGCUGCUAAGCAGGCUGGUGCUAAGGCCUCCGAGAUCUCGACCAAGGCUUCCGAGGGUCUCUCCCGCGUCAGCUCCGCCGCCGGCCCUGCUCUCGCCAAAUACGCCAAGGGCCUCUCCAGCACCCUCGGCCGCGUCGGUGGCCGUACCGGCAAGCUCAUUGCCUUCGUUGAGCGCCAGACCCCCUUCGUCAUCUACUACAGCAAGGUCGCUGCUGAGCUUGGCCGCAUCGUCUUCAGGGGCCAGAGCAUGACUCCUCCCUCCGUCUCCACCUUCCAGACCUACUUCCAGAACUUCGUGAAGUCCGUCCAGUCCGGCUCUUUCUUCUCCAAGGCCGGUGCUCCCCUCCAGAACGUCCGCAACAUCUCUAGGACACAGGUCGCCGCUGCUGGUGUCCUCCUCGCUGAGUGCCUCGGUUUCUUCACCGUUGGCGAGAUGAUCGGCCGCCUCAAGCUCAUCGGCUACCACGGCCACACCCACGCCGCCGCCCACUAA